AUGUGGCCAGGUACAUUUGGCCAGCUUGCAAUCAUGGUAAAUGGAUCAGAAAUGAAUUAUGGAAGUUCAUAUGCUCGCCACGGUUUUAAUGUCCAAGUAUUUGAUAAUAUACCAAUUUUUAACCUUUCAUUCUUUGUCGAGGCUUCAACUGAAAGCGAUAAGAGUUUUGGACCAUUCACAAAUGACCAGGAUUACGAAUGGAAAUUUACUGGUAGUGUAGAUAGAUGGAAUAUUGAAGAGAUAUCCUA